CUUCAGCCGUAUGACGUAACGCCGGAGAGACUGACAGCGUGGGACUGAGCAGCGGACUGGCGGCGAGGCAGAGGCCACUCUCUGGAUAGGGCAGUCAUUCUGUACUAAUUCUGUUCUGAUUAUAGGGUCUUUAGUGAUGGCAGAGGAUACAAUGGCAAUGAAUAGAGUACAUUAGAGAGGCGUUCUUUUAGCUACAUUAUUAAUAUCUCCAUCGCAGAAAGGAUUUUUCACUUGAUAAAAUGCUGUAUUUGAUAGGUUUAGGCCUUGGAGAUGAGAAGGAUGUGACUGUAAAAGGACUGGAGGUGAUCCGCAGCUGUGCCAGGGUGUACUUAGAAGCUUACACCUCUAUACUCACCGUGAGAAAGGAAACUUUGGAAGAGUUUUAUGGGAGGGAGUUGAUCCUCGCUGACCGGGAGACAGUAGAGCAAGAGGCUGACGAAAUACUGCGAGAUGCUGCUGUCAGUGAUGUAGCCCUUCUUGUAGUUGGUGAUCCUUUUGGGGCUACAACACAUAGCGACCUGAUCCUUCGAGCAGCUAAGGCAGGAAUCCAGCACCAUGUUAUUCACAAUGCUUCCAUCCUGACUGCUGUGGGCUGUUGUGGUCUUCAGCUUUAUAACUUUGGAGAGACAGUUUCAAUAGUCUUCUGGACAGACACGUGGAAGCCAGAAAGCUUCUAUGACAAAAUUAGGAGGAACAGACUGAGUGGAAUGCAUACUCUGUGCCUACUUGAUAUAAAAGUGAAAGAGCAAUCUAUAGAGAAUCUUAUGAAAGGGAAUAAAGCCUUUGAGCCUCCCCGUUAUAUGACCGUGAAUCAGGCAGUAGAUCAGCUUUUAGAAAUUGUACAGAACAGAAGAGAGUUGGGGGAAGAGCUUGCUUUAACUGAGAAUACAAUCUGUGCAGGACUGGCACGUGUUGGUGCUUCGGACCAGAAAAUUUCAGCUGGGACACUGCAGCAGCUGAGCUCAGUGGACUUUGGGGGUCCUCUUCACUCUCUGGUGAUCAGUGGCUGCAUGCACCCCUUAGAACUGGACAUGCUAAAGCUGUUUGCUGUGGAACAAUCCACUUUUGAACAGAUAAAUAUAGAAGAUAGUUCCACAUAUUUGUCAUCAUAGAAACCAUAUGUACACCAUUAUUAGUCAUUGUUAUACAGCAGAGAGCCUCAGAUAAUGGCUUACAGGCUAUACUGGGAGCUGAAACUCACAAAUUGUGGACAACCACAAAUUGGAAAGCCUUGCUGUAUACUAAUAGCAUAUGUGAUACCAGGCACACACUGCUUAAUCAUUGUGUUAUGUUGUUUAUCUCAUGUCUUUACUAAGGGGCCAGUUACAUAUUAGGAGUGCACAGCUUUUUUUGUGAUACUUUUAACAGAACCCCAAGCAGAACUGUUUGUGUGAUUUCAUAUUUAAUUAUCUAUUAUAUAUGAAGAAUGUUAAGUGGGGUGUACACUGGAUGAUAAUUAUUAUUGGGAUAUUCUAGCCAAAUUGUUACAUUUGCUAUUUUUAAAGUAUUCUGAACUGACCAAAGCUUGUAUUAAAAAUAAGAUGAUGAAAGGAAAA